AUGUGGCAAAGACGUGCCAGGGCAAGUCGAGGGAUGGACAAUGCGGCAGAGAAGUGCCAGGGCGAGUUGAGGGAUUGGCAAUGCAGCAGAGAGGUGCCAGGGCGAGUGGGAGGGAUUGACAAUGCGGCAGAGAAGUGCCAGGGCGAGUUGAGGGAUUGGCAAUGCAGCAGAGAAGCGCCAGGGCGAGUGGGAGGGAUUGACAAUGCGGCAGAGAAGUGCCAGGGCGAGUUGAGGGAUUGGCAAUGUAGUGACUGUAUGGUUAAUCGUAAACAUCUCGUCCAACGCCUGGAUAAGCGACUCUGUGCUGGCAUCGAGUCCUUGAUCGAAAAAACCAAGCUCCUCCGCGCCAACAUAAUCAUGAUCGUCGCCCUGUUCAUCGUCAUCAUCAUCGUCAGUAGGACCUCGCCGGUGCAUGCUUUUGCUCAGCGUUUCCCUACUUUCCAAGGGUUCAUGUACUGUCGCCUGCGUAAUAGGACAGGGCCUUGGCUCAUGUGA